AUGGAGCCUUCUGAUAGUGGUCGUUCCGAGAGUUCUAGGAAUCAUGGGCAAUUUGAUGACGUGCUCGAAGAAGUCUUUCUGCUCGAUGAUAUUUGGACAACCGCAUGGGAAGAACCGAAUGCGAGCGAGGAUGGAAUGGCCGAGAAUCAGGAAGACGAGUCUAGCAGUGCCCCCCUGGACCGCUAA